UCUAAAACCCUAGCAAAAUCUUCCACCUAACUUUAGAAACUGGCGUGGCCACUAGAGACUCUCAUGCCCACCCAUCAGCUUGAACAGUAGCUUAAUGAUGAAUCCAUCCAGAGCCGGACCAAGAAGCACAAGUCGACGUCGUAAGAUGCCAGAGUACUAUGUCCCUAGAAUGAAGAAGAAAGAGAAGAAGUUAGAUCAGGCAAGAAGAACUAGAAUCCCACCCCAUCUCCACUUGAUCAUUGCAAGAACAUUCGAUCUUCCACCAAAUUCCACCAAGCAACAGACGGCUGCCACAUGAGCUAGAUGAAGGAGUAUUCAUCUUCAAAAGCCACAAACUUUGUCUGAGUCGAUUCACUGAGGAGGGUUGUUGCAUCUCCAAAUCAUUGCAUAAAAUGGAUGAAGCAAGGAGGUAGGCUAAAAGGAAAAGGAAGGAGAAGGUAAGAUGAAUUAAAAAAAAAUAUCCACCCCCAUUUGACACCCAAAAAUCAAAUAGAAUCCAUAAAUGAGAAGUAAGAACAGAAACAGGGACCACGACCCCCAAUGGAGCGAUUGAAGUUGGAAAAUAAUAAUCACCCAUGGAGAGAUUGGGGAAAACAUAAGGCCCCGUUUAGUAUAGUUGCUUGUUUUUGUUUUCUGUUGUGUUAUUAAAAAUUGUGGAAACCAAUGGAAAAAAAACAUGUUUAGUUAGGUUUUUAAUUUUUGUUGUGAAACAAAUUCACACAAUCAAGUCCAAAUAAGAGAAACAACAAUUUAUUACUUUGGAUGUGAUUUGUUAACAUGUUGCACACGGGUUUCUCCCUUGUUGGAGCGUUGAUUUCAUUAAAUCUGUCCCCAGCCAACCCCGUUCGAAACCCAUCUCAGUCUUUUUUAAUUUUUUCACCCACAAACCUUACUCUGCCUCCCGCCGCACACAACUAUCUUCUUCCUCCUCUCCGCACCAGCUCUAGGAACAACCUUCUUCUCGUCGCCGUUCGCGUCCAGGUUGUCGCUCGCACGCCGCUGCCUCAAGUUCCGCCGUCUUUCUCGUCGCCUCCUCACGCCCAGGUCAUCGCACUAGCACAGCCUCGCGUCUCGCAACUUUGUCUCACCAUUCCGUCGUCGUCCAGCUCGUCGCCGCUUGUGUCCAGGUCGUCCCUCUCGCUUCUACGCCGACCAGUUAUUGUUUCAAUUUUUCCAUGAGUUUGAUAAUUAAUUGCAUAAUUUGUUUAGAUUAUUAAAUUCUUAGUUAAGCACCUGUCCAAUAAUGGUUGAAUCCUUCAUCUACAGAAAGUUUUAAGUAGCUUCGGUAUUUUUAUGACAAUCACUCUCCUUCAUGAAGGUUUUGUGUGAGUAUCCUGAGAUGAAAUUGACCAGUGGGGAGCUUAAAGCUUCAUUGGGAAAAACCUACUCUGAACUAGUCAAAGGUUGGAUGAUGGUAUGCUUCUGCACCCCGUUUCCUUUGCUUGCCUUUGUUGUUUGGACUUAGGCUGGGCGAGGCCAUGGUAACCAUGGAUGUCCUUGUAAAGAUGACAAUGAAAACGUUAAUGGAACCAUGAUAACUCCAUCAUGUGAUAUCUGUGAAUCUGUCAUGAGUAAUGAAAUAGUUGGAUCGAUUGAUCCUAACCAACCUAUGAUGUUUGUGAAUCUGCUAUGAGUAAUCUUUGAUGUUUGUGAAUCGCCGAUCAGCAACUGCAUAUAUGACGCAGGGAUACUGAAAUUACUGCAAGAUCGAUGUUUGUUUUGGAAUGAAAGUGCAGCAAAACUGCACACUUGUCAUGCAGGAUUAUAAUCUCGAGCUUCCAGAAUUUUCGACAUUCAGAGAAAACUUGCGCAGCUGAUGUUCAAGAAACUCAAACAUGACCAUUAUUGUUUUGUCCUGGUGCCAUUACUUAUUGAUCUGUUGAUAUUCGGAUUAGUGAAAGGAAAGGAGAAGGUCAUUACCCUACUUAUUGAUCUUUUGAGUUUUUUCUGUUGUUACAAAGAUACAUGAAUUGGAUGGAUAACUAUAUCAAACAGCUUUAUGCAUUGUGAGUUGUAGGAGGCAGAAGUAACUAAACGUGUUUUUGUUUCUGCUUGUCAGUUUCUAUCAUUUCUCAAAUUUACUAUCUAAACAGGUUUGUGUUGUGUGUUUUUUUCCUGUUGUGGUUGUACAUUUGUUUGCACAACGUCAGUGCAACCACAACAACAACAAAAUAAUACUAAACGGGGCCUAAGGAAAUGAAAAUGAAAUUAAAUAAAGUAAUAAAAAGAAAAAAGAUGGGUUGCCGACGUUGACUAGGAGGUGAACGGACAACCCCCACUUAAAAGUAAUAGGAGAGCUAGAGAGAGGCGAGAGCUAUAUUCAAAGUAGAGAGGGAAGGGGUAGCUAAAAUUGUUGCAUACGAUAAUUUUCUAGUAUUCCUUGUGUUGUGUUUCCGGUAAGCUUUAGGAGAUUCGUGUUUUGCUUUAUUUAGUGUAUGUGAUAUGCGUUAGCGGCUUCUAGUGUGCUUUACGAAAUUUGUAGUCUGCGUUUUGUUUUGUGUUUCUCGUAUGCAUUAUGGUAUUUCUCAAAUUAUCCUUAAAAAUUAUUUUUUAAUUGAGCCAUUAAAAAUUCAUUAGGUGCCUACAAUAUAUUUAAGCAAGUUCUUAAAAAUUCAGAGUUAAUGAUACUUGCGCCCCACCUCGUCUCAUUCUUGGCCUACUCUAUCUCCAUUUAUUAUAAUCUACAAGUAUAUUAAUAGCUGGAUAUUGUAACUUUCACCCUCGUUCAAAUUUUCCUACAACGAGAGUGAAAGUAGGAAGGGUAUUUUUGUCUUCGCAAUGAUCUAUUUGUUUUUCAUUUAUUCAUAAAAAAGGAAACUCAUACUAAGAUUCGAACCAUGGUCAUUUUUAACAAUGACAAUAAUCUUAAACAAUCAGACUACAUAAAUUAGUUGUAUCAUUUUAAAUAAAAAAAAUAAAAAAUCAUAGAACUGUUCAACGGUUAGCUAAGGUCACUAAAUCUUCGCUCAGUACUUAUUGGUGUUUUGAUACUUCGAUUUUCAUAUUUAAUUUUUUAAUUAUACUUUGAUACUUAAUUUAAAUUUCUAUUUAUCUUACAAAUAGAGUAUAACUUUAAAA